AACUAAUUUUAUUUUCUCCACUUCUUUAAACUUGUGUCAAAGAUUAAUAAUGAUGGUAGUUUAGUAUAAAAUCAUAAUUUAUCAUUAUCAUCAUUAUUUCUUUAACUUGUGUAGUUGUGUUAAAUAGUGAGUAUAAUGUUAGCGCCAAAAACAAGAUGGCAGUUAGAAUGAAACAUGCAUGGACAUGCAGCAACACACGAUGGAUCAAAUCCGAGGAACAACUAUUGUCGGCGCUUGAAUCAUGCGACGGAAUCAAACAAUUCAACCAAGUACACACUCAAAUCAUCGUCCACGGUCUCUUUCAACACUCUCUUGUCGCAAGUAGAGCCAUUAAGAAACUCUGUUCUCAUCCACGCACCACCCCACGCGCCACUCUCCUCUUCGACCAUCUUCACCACCCUGAUGCUUUUCUCUGCAACACCAUCAUACGAUCCUAUCUACGCAGUUCUAAUUUCUCCGCCGCUUUCAGUUUCUACUACUACAAAAUGAUUGCAAGGUGGGUCCCACCGAAUCACUACACUUUCCCUCUCAUUCUCAAGCUCUGUACCGAUAAUGGGUGCCGACGAGAAGGCGAAAAGGGUCAUGCUCGGGUUAUGAAAUUCGGGUUUGAGUCUGAUUUGUUUGUUCGAAACUCGUUGAUCCGAAUGUACUCUGUUUUUGGGAGAAUUGAUGAUGCAAGGUUGCUGUUUGAUGCGAGUUAUGUAUUGGAUUUGGUGAGUUAUAGUACGAUGAUUGAUGGGUACGUGAAGAAUGGUGAAAUUGGUGUUGCGCGGAAACUGUUUGAUGAAAUGUCGGUGAGAGAUGUUUUUAGUUGGAAUUGCAUGAUUGCUGGAUAUGUGGCUGUUGGUGAUUUGGAAGCUGCAAAUGAACUGUUUGAAAUAAUGCCUGAUAGAGAUGUUGUGUCUUGGAACUGCAUGAUUGAUGGGUGUGUGAGAGUUGGGAAUGUUUCUCUUGCUCUUGAGUUUUUUAAUCGAAUGGGUGGGGUUAUUAGGAAUGUGGUUUCGUGGAAUUCGUUGUUGGCAUUGCACGUGCGGGUGAAGAAUUUUGGGGAGUGUUUGAGGAUGUUUGAGAGGAUGAUGGAAAGUGGUGAAGCUUUGCCUAAUGAGGCUACUUUGGUGAGUGUUCUCACUGCUUGUGCAAAUUUAGGGAAGCUUAGUUUGGGUUUGUGGGUUCAUUCUUAUAUUAAAAGUAACAAUAUUAAACUGGAUGUCUUGCUUGAAACUUGUCUUCUUACAAUGUAUGCAAAAUGUGGGGCUAUGGAUUUGGCAGGAGAUGUUUUUGUUGAGAUGCCGGUGAAAAGCAUUGUGUCGUGGAAUUCUAUGAUCAUGGGGUAUGGUUUGCAUGGAAAUGGGGACAAAGCUCUUGAAAUGUUCGCAGAGAUGGAGAAGGCGGGUCAGAAACCAAAUGUCACUACUUUUGUUUGUGUUUUGUCUGCUUGUACGCAUGCCGGAAUGGUCAUGGAGGGUUGGUGGUACUUUGAUCUCAUGCGUCGUGUUUACAAGAUAGAACCGAAGGUUGAACACUAUGGCUGCAUGGUUGACCUCCUUGCUCGAGCCGGUUUAGUUAAGAAUUCAGAAGAGCUUAUAGAAAAGGUUUCUGUGAAAGGUGGAUCAGCUUUGUGGGGUGCUGUCCUUUCUGGUUGUAGGACUCACUUGGACUCGGAGCUUGGGGAGAAUAUAGCUAAGAGACUUGUUGAGUUGGAGCCACUGGAUAUUGGUCCUUAUAUAUUGCUGUCAGAUAUAUAUGCUGCUCAAGGGAGAUGGGAUGAUGUUGAACAUGUGAGGUUGAUGAUGAAAGAAAAGGGGUUACAAAAAGAACCAGCAUCCAGCUUGGUUCAUCUUGAAGAUUUCAAAUCUAAAUGAACUCUAAAGGAAAAUAUAGUAAACUCAAUGUUGGAUGAAUCAGGAGCACUGAUGAAAAUGUCCAUUGGAGAUUCAAUUGAGACAAAAUGUCAUACCUCGAUAAAUGCUAGAUUCUCUAUAUUGCAGGUUGUUGGUAAAGAAGCAGAAUGCAUGUUAAGGAGUGAGAUAUUGAGGUGGUAAUUAUGGAUACGGGGGAAAAUAUGCCAGGAUAAAGACUGCCACUGAUAAAUGGUCGGUUGCAGAUUAAUGGAGAUGCAAUGCUGAUGAAUUUGUGAGGAUGUGAAGAAACAAAAAGAUCUAGUUGAUUGUGGAGUCCAGAUUUGUUCUCCCAAAGAUUUUGGUUCCAGAUUUACUUAUGAAUUGUUUGAAGAAGCACGACUUGCUCAAUGUCUUGCAUACAUAAGCAUCUAACAUCAAAUCAAUCAGUGAUAAUUCCUUUUAUCAACUUUGUUUCUCAGGUGACAAUUCUUGGAACACAAGACUGUCGAAUCUUACAGGGCAUAAAUCAAUUUGAAUUUCAGGGAAAGCGAGUAGCUGGUAAUAAGUAUUGAGAAAUCCAGUUAAUGCUAUUUUUUUUUAUAUAUAUGAUAUCAGAUUUCAGACCCUACGACACAACCAUACCUUGGUAAAAUAAUAUCAGAUAACUACAUAUAUAUUCACAUCUGUGCUGUAUCUCUAUAUUCAAAUGUUCAUAAUUUAAAAAUUUCUUUUAUCAUAUUAACAGCUUUGUAAAAGUUAAUUUGUUGUACACUUACACAUGUAACGACGAAUAAAACUUUAGGCCUUUCAUCAAUAUCUUCAUAGUAUUUAUUUAUAUGCAUAUAUAUAGCUUCUCUUUGCUUGCAGUGGUAUAAUGGCGUCUUUCUUUAAUACCAAGUGACAACUUUCAGCAUUUGAUAUUGUUCCACUAUUAUGUCUGUUGUCUAAAUUGUGAUCAAUGAUAUAAUAAGUUCAGGCAGUGGCUUAAUUAUUUCCUAAAGCCACCUGGGAAACCUAGUUAUAUUUGUUUGUAUAUGAUUGAAAUUGAAAAGAGUAUUUGUGAUCAAUGGUAUGAUAAAUUCAGUGGACUUAUUUAUUGAUAGAAAAUGGUACCAACAAUAUAUAAUUGAAUAAAUGAACUUAUAUUGAAUUGACAUGAUAACAUAAAUGUUACAAAAGACUACAGGUUGUCCAAGAGCCUGCCGUCUCCCAUAACCACCAAACUAAAACAACUAACCCAAUACCCAAAUUUCUAUUUCCCGACUUUAUUUAAAUAGACACACCAUGUGAAGUUACGACAGACCGACGGAAACAGUUACAGUCUUACAGACAUAAACAUUCAGAAAUCUAGGCAGUUACAGAUCUAUCAGAUUAGGCCAGCAUUAAUCUUAAUUAGAGGCCUGUUACUAACAUUUAUUUCUUUCAUAACAGGGCAAUAAUAUUAGCAUAUAAAUAAACAAUUUCUUUGGUGCUUCUCUACUGGUCUACUUGUACUCCUGAGUCAUAUGUUUCUCCAGCCUUCCAGUCUUCUGGUAUGUUAUUAACUGGAACGAUCCAUGUAUCGUCUCCAUCUUCAGUACUAAACAACAUCCUUAAAGACAAAGGUCCACUUGGCGGAGAUGUAGUAGUCCAGA